UCUGUGGUCUAGAAUUGUAUAUAAACACCCCCACCUCUCACAAUAUUCCUCAGCAAUAUCUCUUGUCUUCUUCCAUCUCUGCACAGCUAUCCUGAUAUUUCCUUGGAAAACAUGAGCAGGCCAGGAGAUUGGAACUGCAGGUCAUGCCAGCACAUGAACUUCCAAAGGCGCGAUUCCUGCCAACGCUGCGGUGACCCAAAAUCGGGUGGGGGUGACUUUGGAAGCUUUGGUGGGAGGGGUGGAUCCUCCUUUGGGUUCACGGGCUCGGAUGUCCGCCCAGGGGACUGGUACUGCAAUGCAGGCAACUGUGGAGCUCACAACUUUGCUAGCCGCUCUAACUGCUUCAAGUGUGGUGCAUUCAAGGAUGAGUCUGCUGGGGGCUACGAUUCCGACAUGUCACGCUCCCGAGGUUUCGGGUUCGGCGGUGGCAGCGGCCGGUCUGGGUGGAAAUCCGGUGAUUGGAUAUGCAGCAGGUCUGGUUGCAAUGAGCACAACUUUGCUAGCAGAAUGGAAUGUUUCAGAUGCAAUGCCCCGAGGGACUUGAGUAACAAAACUUCAUACUAGACAUAUAUCUUCCAUUUUUGGGUACUGCAGCCAGCCAAGAGAGACCAAAUCAUAGAAUAUCUAUUAAUCCUUGUGUUGUUAUUAAUUUCUUUGCUUUGGGUGCUAGGUUCUUAAGGUGAAACAUGGCUGAAACCCAAUGUGGCAAUGUUCCCAUAAAAGCUAUAGCCCUCAUGAUCAGCAUAUUUUGUUAGGUUUCCCUACAAGAAAUAUAGCUAUGUAGUUCUGGUGUUUUUGAGUUAAUUAUCUACUACCAUUGUCUUUUGUGUUGAGAGAGUUCAUUAUUUUAUUGUAUGGGACAUGCUUUUCUUAAUUAAAAUGGAGAUCUCUCUCUCUCUCUC